ACUUUUUUUCUCUUAUGCCCCCAAAAGUCCACCGUCUCCCCAUUACCCAAAAUAACUAAAACCAUUUCCAUUACGUUCCACUCUCUUCUUCCUCCUCCUCCGUAGAUCGAGAACCGCCCAAACCCCCUCCUUUUCUCAAUCCCGCCGCCCUUGGACCCUUAUCUCCGCCGUAAACUCCGCCGUAUACCUUCAAUUUUUGCCUCACAACUGAUUAUCAACGGUUGUGGGAUUGUGUUCUCUUCGUCUGUGAUUUUCCUUUUUUCGUUCUUUUUCAUGAUUGAGUUUUGUUUUUGAUGAAAUUUCGGCGAUGAAGAUGAUGAAUAACGGCUAUAACAGUAGCUUCAACAGCAAUAGUGUUGGAUUGAUGUCGAACACGGGAGCGACGACGGCGUCUUCGUCGUCGUCGACUUCUACAACGAAUGCGAAUUCUCAAUCGCAAGGUCUCAAAACCUAUUUUAAAACCCCUGAAGGACGGUACAAGCUUCAUUAUGAGAAGACUCAUCCUCCCGGUUUUCUUCCUUUUUCUCAUGGCAAAUCAGUCUCUCAGGUGACUCUGGCGCAGCUCAAGGACAAGCCGGCGCAGGCUGGUCCAGCUCCGAGUUCGAGUUCUAGUGCGAGUGCGAGUAGUGGAGUGCGAUAUGCAGCUGCAAAGUUUCUUGGGGUUGGAGGUGGAAAUGGGGUUCGAGCUAUUGGGUUUGCAGGUGGUAAUGGUACUGGUAAAGCUGUUAAUGGAACUAGUAGAAGUGGUUCACUUGUAGGCUCAAACGGCAGCCAUUCCAUUCUUAACCCCAACUAUGAUGGUAAAGGAACCUAUUUGAUUUUUAAUGUUGGAGAUACCAUCUUCAUUGGCGACCUUAAUUCACCGGAUAAGGAUCCUAUAAAGUCCUUGCACUUUAGCAAUUCAAAUCCUAUCUGCCAUGCCUUUGAUCCUGAAGCUAAGGAUGGUCAUGACCUACUAAUUGGAUUGAAUUCUGGAGAUGUAUACUCGGUAUCUUUAAGACAGCAGUUACAAGAUGUUGGGAAGAAGCUUGUUGGAGCUCAGCAUUAUAACAAAGAGGGCAGUGUCAAUAACAGUCGAUGUACCAGCAUUGCAUGGAUUCCAAAAAGUGAUGGUGCUUUUGUUGUUGCUCAUGCUGACGGAAAUUUGUAUGUCUAUGAAAAGAGUAAGGAUGCUAGUGUGGACACUUCUUUCCCUGUCAUAAAGGAUCAAACUCAAUUUUCAGUGGCACAUGCACGGUCCAGUAAGAGCAAUCCAAUUGCUAGGUGGCAUAUUUGCCAAGGAUCAAUCAACAAUGUUGCUUUCUCGACUGAUGGAGUAUAUUUGGCAACCGUUGGUAGAGAUGGAUAUUUACGGGUAUUUGAUUAUUUGAAAGAUCAGUUGAUAUCCGGUGGCAAAAGUUAUUAUGGUGCUCUUCUUUGUUGUACAUGGAGUGGGGAUGGAAAAUAUAUCUUAACUGGUGGUGAAGAUGAUCUUGUCACAGUAUGGAGCAUGGAAGAUAGGAAGGUGGUGGCAUGGGGCGAGGGUCAUAAUUCAUGGGUCAGUGGUGUGGCUUUUGAUUCAUAUUGGUCAUCACCAACUUCAGACGACACAGAGGAAAAUGUUGUUUACCGGUUUGGUUCAGUUGGUCAGGACACACAAUUGCUCUUGUGGGACUUGUCAAUGGAUGAAAUUGUGGUUCCCCUUCGGCGGUGCCCUCCCGGUGGAUCCCCGACGUUUAGCACUGGAAGCCAGUCAGCUCAUUGGGAUAGCAUUACCCCAUUAGGCACUCUUCAACCUGCUCCAUGCAUGAGGGAUGUUCCUAAACUUUCUCCAGUAGUAGCUCACCGUGUCCAUACCGAACCCUUGUCUGGCUUACUAUUCACCCAAGAGUCUAUCCUCACAGCAUGCCGAGAAGGACAUGUGAAGAUUUGGAUGAGACCGUCCUCUGAAACACAGUCGAGCAACUCGGAAGCCCUCGUCGGUUCUAGCUCGUUGGCAGGUUCCAGAGUUGGCUCAUCUACUUUGAAAUAGUGUUGGCGAAAUGCAGUUUCAACAUACCGGGAUCUCGCUUGUACAUGAUUAUGCCGUUCCACCCAGUUGGGUCCUGCUAUUUGGCGAAUGGUGACGGGACAGUUUUUUCUUUUGAGGUCUUCCUUAUUCUCUAGAGAUUAGGAAAGAGUAUUACGUUUGGUCAGCAUAUUGACUCGCUGCGAAUUUGCAGUGGGAUUAACCAAUGGCUCUGCUUAUAAACACUCUUGUUUGACAUAUAAUAUGCCAUAGUAAAAUGCACAGGCUAUUGUUACA